AAGACGUCACUCAAAAGAAGAAGAAGAAAAAACGUAAACAAACGCCAAAAAAAUCGCAUUUUCCGCGUGUUUUAGGAAGAAAAAAUGUAUUUUAUUUAUUUCUAAAGGUUCUAAAUGAUAGAAUAAAGCUCACAAUAGCAAUGACUUCGAUUAUAAAACUCCACGCAAUCUCUGGGGCGAUGGAUGAGUCGCCACCGUGCUAUCUCCUGCAAGUUGAUGAGGUUCGAAUCCUCCUGGAUUGCGGAUGGGAUGAGAAGUUUGACCAGAAAUUCAUCAAGGAGAUCAAGAGGUACGUCCACACAAUUGAUGCUGUUCUGCUGUCCUAUCCGGAUCCGUAUCAUUUGGGUGCUCUGCCCUAUUUGGUGGGCAAGCUAGGGCUCAAUUGUCCCAUCUACGCGACAAUUCCAGUGUACAAGAUGGGUCAGAUGUUCAUGUAUGACCUCUACAUGUCUCACUACAACAUGUACGACUUUGACCUGUUCUCCCUGGACGACGUGGACACCACAUUUGAUAAGAUUAUCCAGCUCAAGUACACCCAGAGUGUUGCCAUGAAGGGCAAAGGGUACGGUAUCACGAUAACUCCCCUCCCAGCUGGACACAUGAUCGGCGGGACAAUCUGGAAGAUUGUCAAGGAGGGCGAGGAAGACAUUGUCUAUGCGUGUGAUUUCAAUCACAAGAAGGAGCGACAUCUCAAUGGAUGUGAGCUUGAGAAGCUCCAACGUCCGUCGCUUUUCAUCACAGACGCCUACAAUGCCAACUACCAGCAAGCCCGGCGUCGUGCACGCGAUGAGAAGCUCAUGACAAACAUCCUGCAGACGCUGCGGAACAAUGGCAACGUCCUCCUAACCGUGGACACAGCUGGUCGUGUUCUCGAGCUCGCUCACAUGUUGGAUCAUCUGUGGAAGAACAAGGAAUCCGGGCUGCUUGCCUACUCGCUGGCACUCCUCAACAAUGUCAGCUACAACGUGGUUGAGUUUGCAAAGUCCCAAAUUGAGUGGAUGAGCGACAAGCUCAUGAAGAACUUCGAAGGAGCCCGAAACAAUCCCUUCCAAUUCCGACAUCUCAAGCUCUGUCACAAUCUCAGCGAGCUAGCCAGUGUGCCAAGUCCCAAAGUUGUCCUGGCCAGCUCCACGGACAUGGAAUGCGGCUACUCGAGGGAAUUAUUCGUUCAGUGGGCUCAGAAUCCCAAUAAUAGCAUCAUUAUCACGAGCAGAACAACCCCAGGGACGCUGGCACGUGAUCUCAUUGAUAAUGGAGGGAAUGGGAGGAAGAUUGAGUUGGAUGUUUCGCGGCGUGUGGAGCUGGAGGGAACCGAGCUGGAGGAAUUUCAGCGAACACAGGGUGAGAAGACAAAGACAAAACUCAUCCCAAAUCGGGAGAUGGAUGAGCUGAGCUCAGAUUCGGAGGAUGAUCUCGAGAUGGCCAUAAUUACGGGGAAGCAUGACAUUGUCAUCCGUCCGGAAGGGCGCUCCACAACGGGCUUCUUCAAAUCCAACAAACGCAUGCACGUGAUGUUCCCCUUUCACGAGGAGAAGAUCAAGAGCGACGACUACGGGGAGAUUAUUCAGCUGGAUGACUACAAAAUUGUCGAUUCGGGCAUGGAAUUCGGGGAGGACAACAAGGAGAAUCAGCUCAGCAAGGCGGAUGAGGUGAAGAAGGAGGAGAAGGAUGUGGAGGAAGUGCUGGACUUGGAGAAGCCCACAAAGUGCAUCAGCAGCCGGAAGUUGAUUGAAGUUAAUGCCCAAAUACAAUUCAUUGACUUUGAGGGACGCUCCGAUGGGGAAUCCCUGCUGAAGAUCCUCUCCCAGCUGCGUCCUCGACGGGUGAUUGUUGUCCGUGGCUCGCAGGCAAGCACGGAAAUGAUUGCCAAUUACUGCGAACAAAACAUCAGCGCCAGAGUCUUUAUGCCAAAUCGUGGAGAUAUAAUUGACGCCACAACAGAGAGCCACAUCUACCAGAUUAAACUCACGGAAGCUCUCGUGUCGCAGCUGCAAUUCCAGAAGGGAAAAGAUGCCGAAGUGGCGUGGAUUGAUGCCCAAAUUGUCACGCGGAAUCAGCAAAUUGACACCACAGCGGAAGGUGUUGAGAUGGAAGUUGAGAGCACUGACUUCCAGAAGGAGGAAACAAAGAUCCUCACACUGGAACCAAUGCGCCCCGAAGAUAUCCCAUCGCAUGAAUCCGUCUUCAUCAAUGAACUCAAACUCUCCGACUUCAAGCAAGUCCUCAUGCGCAACAACAUCCCCUCAGAGUUCUCCGGAGGUGUCUUGUGGUGCUGCAAUGGCACUCUCGCCCUCAAAAGGUUGGACACGGGAAAGGUAUUGAUUGAAGGGGCGCUUUCCGAAGAGUAUUUCAGGAUACGUCAGCUCCUCUAUGAGCAGUACGCUAUUUUGUAAUUCAUUUUUGGCACUUUUAUCUUCAAUUUUAACUCCCUUUUUUGAUGAUUCCACAAUUAAAGGAAUAAAUCAAAGAAAA